ACGUAUUUUUGCGCGCAAAUGAAACUAAAAUUUUGUAAACAGAGCCACAGGUCGACUUGAAAGAAAUUUGGAUUAAGCUGAUAGAAAUGUCAGGUUUUGUUUAUAAAGAGGUGAACGGGGGAACGGGGGGAACGGGCCUUCAGCGCGAAGGCCGACUAUUCCAUGUGCCAUUGCGUGGGCGCCGACUUGCGUAUGGGCAAAGGGAUCGCUGUCAAAUUUCGCACUAAGUUUGGCCAGCUACUGACAUUGCAGAGGCAGAAUGUCCAGCCGGGUGGCGUUGCCAUCCUAAAGGAUCAGGAGCGUUUUAUCUACAAUCUCGUUACCAAGCAAACGAGCUGGGGCAAGCCCACCUAUCAGCUACUCCACAGCUCCUUGACCGCGAUGCGGCAGCAUAUGGUAUGUGAAAACUAUGCAUAA